AUGGCCUGCCGGUCGGUGAACGCCACGGAGCGUAGCGUGCCGCAGUCUCGGAACGUUAAUGAUCGACCACGUCCACUUCCUCAGAGUCCCGCCGUCAUCUGCCGCACGCGGCGCGCGCGCGUUCAAGCUCUGCGGCUCCGAUGGGUAGGAUGGCCCAGCUUGGCCCCCCUCUGCGCGAUCAGCACACUCGACGCGAACUCGCGAGAAGAGCUCCUCGGAGAUUACCCUCCAGACGUCCGAGUCUCCUUCGGGGGCUUCUCACCUUCGAACCCGAGACGCACAUCGCCGAUGCGGUCUACGCUCCCAAGACUUACCCUUACCCACCUGCGAAAACACUGCUCCAAAAUAGCACGUGCCAAAAGGUUGGGGAAAAACAGCGUAUCGGACUUGGAAACUCGCGAGUGGGAGAAUACUGUCAUUAUUGAGAACGUCCGAAUAGGAAAAGCUUCAUCAUCUCACGUCCUGCCAAGUGACAAACUCGCGCCUGAAAUGAAUAUUUCAGAACACUUCUGGGUCGUGGGUGCUACCACACUGUUCGAACCUUUCUAG